AUGAAUAACUCUACAGUGAAUUUCACCACACCUGAAGCAUCUACAAAUUCCACAAAUCAGUCCAUUGGGCUAAUGGACAGUCUGGAAAUAUGUGGGUACAGCAUCGCUUUUCUGUUUGGUCUUCCUACACACUCCUAUAUUAUAUGGCUCAUCAUCACAGGAACAGGAAGUGGAGUUGCAUCAGAGUUCCUCAACCUCAAUCUCUCUGUUUGUGAGAUUGGUAACUCUCUGAAUGGUUUGAUCUUUGCACUGUCAUAUUAUUUUUUUAGUCUCUCAAUAUUAAAAGCAUUUUUACUAGGCCUUACAUUCACUGGUCGUCCUCUGUUUCAGUGUCUGAUCUCUGUUGAGCGUUACCUGGCAGUGGUUCAUCCUGUAACCUUUCUGAAGUUCAAACCUCUCAGAUAUAGAGUGAUCUGCUGCACUGUGGCCUGGAUAAUGAUUCUUGGCUCUUGUUUUGUAUGCAUGUUUACUUUCGCUUUGGAAAACUUUGAACAUACAUUAUUCUUGACAAUGAAUUUCCUCCUCUUCCUCUUCAUCCAGUUGUUUUGUCUUGUGGCUGUUCUCAGAGCUCUGAAGCAGUCAGGACCAGGAGAGAGAGGGAGAGGGAGAGAGGAGGAAAACAACAUAAAGAGGAGAGCGUUUUAUCUCAUUCUAAUAACUACUGUGAGCAUGACUAUUAUAUAUGUCCCAUAUAUAGUCAUAGGAGUUGUUACGUUUCUGAGACAACAGAUUAUUAAUUCACUUUGGUUCACUGGUUUGAUUUGUUAUGUGCUGGGUGGUUUUGUUCAGCCUGUUCUUUACCUACGCCGGGCUGGAAAACUGCUUUUUUAAAGGUUAAACUGUGUUUUAAAUGUAACAUGCUAGUGUGUGAUACAUUGUAAAUGCUCUGUAAAUACACUUUAGUCUCUUAUCAAGUUGUUUUUUACAGUACAUUUUUUUGUGGAAUAUAUGCUGUGUAUUUAUCCAGUAUUUUCAACUUUUUUUUUUUUUUUUUUAAAUAACUUGAUUUUUUAAAACUUUUGAAACAGCGUUAGUGUUGGAGUAGGGAUUCAUUGGGGAUGCUAUAAAACAUAUUUUGAACAAAAAUAAAUGCAUGCAUUGUACAAAAUUUAAACUGAUGUCCAUGUUUUAGUGUUACAAACUACUUCAUGUUGCUCUUCUCGGUUACAGACAGACAUUAAUUUACAUCAUGUCGAUAGCCUAAGUUACAAAUUCAGAACAUCUUUAAAUUCCUCACAAUGAAAGUUAGAAAUAUACUGUAAAGUCAUGGAGUUGCAGACAUUAAAGGAAACAAUUCUAAUCAUAAGUAAAAACUUUUAAGCCAGCCAU